AUGGCGGACUAUGAUAUCAUACCUUGCUACGACGAUGACGAGCUGUUCCAGGAGAAGGCACCAGGCGAAAACGUAAACGACUUACACGCUUACUACAUGUCGCAGUUCAAUCUAGAGUUGGAGAACGGGAAGAGUAAGCCGAAAGACAGCUUCAAAUACGGUGUGGAAGAGAGCUUUGAUUUCGAAGUGCUCGAUUCUUGGAACGGCGCUGAGGAAAAGACCGACUUCGAGAUGAUAGACGAAGUGCUCGAUGCGAACGUUAACGACGAAAACAUUAAAGAGGUUCUAUUAGAUUUAGACGGAAUAGAAUUCGAGGGUAGCUACAAAACUGAGUCAUCAGUUAAAACCAAAGAAACGGAGGUCAAUUCUAACAACGAUUACAUAGACGAUGAGUCUCUAAUCGACGAACUGUGCAGGGAAGAUGGAGAAUCGUGCCUGUCGCCGGAAGCGUUCAACGAAGAGUAUCUAAACACGAUCGCUAACGAGAACCUGCUACCGUCUAUAGAAACGGCUUUCUCAAAACGCUAUUGCAACUUCGGCAGCUCUGAGGACUACAGCCCUCAAGAGUACGGCGUCGAAGUGACACAGGUACAGAGCAGCGCAGCCGUUAUAAGCAGCUUAGAACAUUACAGCUAUCCGAACAACAUCCUGUACAACUUGGAAAACGAGAAGAAGUACAGCUUGCCAGAUACGCCUACCAGUUGCACCGAGUUCAGUUUCGACAGAAAUGAAAGGAAGCUCUCCAUUUCGGAAUCAGUCGGAAGCGACGUCCAGAGCUCGUGCUACUACGAUGAGAACUCGCAAAAUUUCGACGAGGAUGAACUCUUCAUCAACCUAGACGACUUCGGUCUAAACUUUGAAAGGGAUACCGAAGACUAUAGCAUUGACGGCAGAAGCAAUAAUAGAAAUGAAGGGAGGGCCGAUAAGGAGAGAAACCAAGGUGAAAGGGUUUGUUUAUGGGAGAACUGUUUGGAGAGAUAUCCAAAUCAAAACACGUUGGUCGAGCACAUAGAGAGAGCUCACGUCAACACGUAUAAGGGUGACGAAUUCAGUUGCCUGUGGCGGGACUGCGCGCGCGCAAGGCGACCUUUUAACGCGCGCUACAAACUUCUGAUACACAUGCGGGUUCAUUCGGGACACAAACCGAACCGAUGCCAUCACCCUGGCUGCGGGAAGGCGUUCUCGCGGCUGGAGAACCUGAAGAUCCACGUGCGCUCGCACACUGGCGAGAGGCCGUACGCCUGCCCAGCGCCGCACUGCCGCAAGGCCUUCUCCAACUCCUCAGACCGGGCGAAGCACCAGAGGACCCAUUUCAAUGCCAGGCCGUACGCGUGCGGCGCCACGGGCUGCGGCAAGCGCUACACCGACCCCUCCUCCCUGCGGAAGCACGUCAAGUCGCACCCGCACGUGGCCAGCGUGCCGAGAGCCUGCGCGCCGCCCAGGCCGCAGCGCAGGCCGGACCAAGAGCAGCUGGUGCCCAGCUCGCCGGCGAAACUAGCGACCCUGCGAUGCAUAAGGGACAAGCUGACAGUACCACGGCUGCACAAGCUG